CUGACAGCCGAUGCCUAUUUUUUAACCUGCUACUCCAAUUUAAGUGAAAAGUUGUGUAGUUUCCCAGUUAUUCAAAUAAAACUAUUCCCUAUUACUAAGUAAAAACAAAACUGUAAAUAAUGUCUUUAGCCGAUGAGCUGUUAGCAGAUUUGGAAGAGAAUGAUGAUGCAGAACUUGAAGCUAUGAUUGACAACAAAACAUCAAAUAAUGCCUCUCAUGAAUUUGCUGUUCCUCACCCAGUAAUUCCCAAAGAAGAUGAAAUAAAAAAUGUAUCUAUUAGAGAGCUAGCUAAGUUAAGAUAUUCGGAACGUUUACAGCGGGUUGUAACAGAAAUAGAACAAAAUCAUGGAAAUAACAGAAAAAAAAUCGAAGUUACAGGACUUAUGGAAUCAGAUCCAGAGUAUCAACUUAUAGUGGAAGCAAAUAAUAUUGCAGCUGAAAUUGACGGAGAAAUUGCUAUUAUCCACAGAUUUGUUCGGGAUAAAUAUCAGAAAAGAUUUCCGGAGUUAGAGUCUCUGAUCAUCACACCACUUGAGUAUAUACGCACUGUAAAAGAACUCGGAAAUGAUUUGGACAGAGCUAAAAACAAUGAAAUAUUACAAAGUUUUCUCACACAGGCCACUAUUAUGAUAGUAUCUGUGACUGCAUCAACAACACAAGGAAAAUUGUUGAUGGAUAAUGAAUUGACAGAAAUAAAUGAAGCAUGUGAAAUGGCGGGUGAUUUAAAUCAUUACAAGUCGAAGAUUUACGAAUAUGUUGAGAGUAGAAUGACAUUUAUUGCCCCUAAUAUUACUGCGAUUGUUGGAGCAUCAACAGCGGCCAAGAUACUCGGUGUUGCUGGCGGUUUGUCCAAACUAUCAAAGAUGCCAGCGUGUAAUGUGUUGCCAUUAGGACAACAGAAGAAAACAUUAUCUGGUUUCUCACAAGCCGCUGCUCUGCCACACACUGGGUUCAUUUAUUUCUCACAAAUAGUACAAGACACAACACCUGAGUUAAGAUACAAAGCGGCAAAGUUAGUUUCAACCAAGCUGACCCUCGCCGCCAGGGUCGACGCGUGUCACGAGAGUACAGAUGGACAUAUCGGAAGAAUGUUACGAGAGGGAAUUGAGAAGAAACUCGAUAAAUUACAGGAACCACCUCCGGUAAAGUUUGUGAAGCCACUACCGAAGCCGAUAGAGCAGAGCCGCAAGAAGCGCGGCGGCAAGCGCGUGCGCAAGAUGAAGGAGAGGUACGCCAUGACUGAGUUCAGGAAGAACGCCAACAGAUUGAACUUCGCUGACAUAGAAGAUGAUGCGUAUCAAGAAGAUUUAGGCUACACCCGUGGUACCAUCGGCAAGUCAAGCACAGGACGCGUGCGCUUGCCGCAGAUAGACGAGAAGACGAAGGUCCGCAUCAGUAAGACCUUACAGAAGAACCUGCAGAAACAAAACCAGCAGUACGGAGGAGCUACCAGUAUUAGAAGACAGGUGUCGGGAACAGCGUCGUCAGUGGCCUUUACACCUUUGCAGGGCUUGGAAAUUGUAAAUCCUCAAGCAGCAGAGACCCGUGGCAACGAAGCCAAUGCGAAAUACUUUUCUAAUACUACAGGAUUCCUCUCCGUUGGGAAGAAGACAACGUGAAUGAAGACAUAUUUAUUAUUUUUAAUAUAAUAAAGAGUACAAACAUU